ACACUGUAGGCCGGGAGUGAGGAGGUGAAGCCGCUCCCGCCCGCAGUCACUCACUCGCUCGUCCGUCCGUCCCGCCUCGGCCCUCGCCGCUCCAGGCCACCGACCCGACUCCCUAGUACCGCCGUCAUGUUCAUCAUCAGGUCCGAGUACGACAGAGGUGUUAACACGUUCUCUCCAGAAGGCCGGCUAUUUCAAGUUGAAUAUGCUAUCGAAGCCAUUAAGUUGGGCUCCACUGCGAUCGGGAUCCAGACAAGCGAGGGUGUUGUUCUCGCCGUCGAGAAGAGGAUCACAUCUUCACUGAUGGAACCCAACAGCAUCGAGAAAAUAGUGGAAAUUGAUACACACAUAGGAUGUGCAAUGAGUGGAUUAAUAGCUGACGCCAAAACCUUGAUCGACAAAGCACGUGUUGAGACGCAGAAUCACUGGUUUACCUACAAUGAAAACAUGACGGUUGAGAGUGUGACCCAGGCCGUCUCCAACCUGGCCUUGCAGUUUGGUGAAGAAGAUGCAGACCCUGGUGCAAUGAGCCGACCGUUUGGCGUGGCGUUGCUGUUUGGAGGGAUUGAUGAAAAGGGACCACAAAUGUAUCACAUGGAUCCGUCGGGGACCUUUGUACAGUGUGUUGCCAGAGCCAUUGGUUCUGCUUCAGAGGGAGCGCAGAGUGCCCUGCAGGAGGUCUAUCACAAGUCGAUGACAUUAGACGACGCAAAGAAGGAAGCGCUCACCAUCCUCAAACAAGUCAUGGAGGAAAAGCUCAGCGCGACUAAUAUUGAGCUCGCAACAAUAGAGCCUUUAAAAGUAUUCCACAUGUAUACAAAGGAAGAGCUGGAGGAGGAAAUUAAGAAAAUUUGAAUUUGGGCCCUGACUAUUGUUUCCUCGAGCAUCAAUUCAAGCAAUCAAAGUUCCAAGCUCCGGAGAUUGUUGGUUUGUGGAAUAGAACUUGUUGUAGGACUGAGCAAUUUCAGAUAAAGUUACUGCAUAUGUAAUAUGUUUUAUCCUGGUUUUUGGGGAAAUCUCUGUACAUAGUGCAUUGAAAACCAUUAUUAUCAACCAAAUGGGACGAAAUAAAUUUUUGUUACUGAUG